GGAGCGCAGCCGGCGCCAUGGCGGAGCUCGGCGCUCACCUGGCGGCCGCCGCGCCCGGCCAUGACCGACCCUCCAUCUUCGAGGCGGUGGCACAGGACAGCUUGAUGGCCGCCGUGAAACCCGCCCUGCAGCACCUGGUCAAGGUGCUCGCUGAGGCUAACCCGGGCCGCUACAGCUUUCUCUGGCGCUGGUUCGAUGAGGUCUACGUCGUGCUGGACCUGCUGCUCCAGCAGCACUGCCUGGCCAGGUGCAGUGCCUCCUUCUCCGAGAACUUCUACGGCUUAAAGAGGAUCCCUCUGGGAGACCGCAGGCAGCAACCGCUGGCCACUGCCGGCCUGCCGAAGAGGCAGCACUGCAAGUCCCUCCUCUUGCUGGUUCUUGUUCCCUACCUGAAAGGAAAGCUCGAGAAACUGGUGUCCAGCCUGAGGGAUGAGGACGAGUACUCCAUCCACCCUCCGUCGUCGGCCUGGAAGCGCUUUUACCGAGCCUUUCUGGCCGCCUACCCCUUUGCAAACAUGACCUGGGAGGGCUGGUUCCUCGUCCAGCAGCUGGGCUACAUCCUCGGCAAAGCUCAGCAUCACUCGCCCCUGCUGCGGCUGGCUGGCGUGCGCCUCGUCAGGCUGACCGCCGAGGACGUCCAGGCCCUGGAGAAGAGGUCGGCUGCAGCCCCCUCGAGUCAGGCGCUCAGCAUCAAAGCACGAGUGCAGGCAGCAGCGAGGACGGCGCUGGGCGGCAUUGCCUGCUCCCUGUCCACUGGGCUGUCUGUCGGUGUGUUCUUCCUCCAGUUCCUGGACUGGUGGUACUCCUCAGAAAACCAGGAGACCCUCAAGUCCCUGACGGCGCUCCCCACCCCUCCGCCCCCGCUGCACCUGGACCGUGGUGGCGCCACCUCAGCUCUCUUGCCCAAGCUGAAGACCGUCUGCCCUCUCUGCCGCCAAGUCCGCGUCAACGCCACGGCGCUGUCCACCUCUGGCUUUGUGUUCUGCUACCGCUGCGCCUACAGCUACGUCAAGAGCCACCAGCGCUGCCCCGUCACAGGCUACGCCACCGAGCUGCAGCACCUGGUCAAACUCUACUCCCCGGAGAGCUGAAGGGCCUCUGCCCUGUGCUCCCGGACAUACAACCCCCCCCCUCCCCCCGGCCAGCAGCUGGCUGGCAUUCAGCCUGAGUUUGCCCCUUUGCUAUGUGCCACAGGAGAGGUUCCAAACCACUGCUCACAUCAGGGAGAUCUGGAGCUCCUUUGAGCUUGGUGGUGCUUCAGAGAUUCCUGACCACUGCUGAGUUGUGGUGAGGUUCUCCUGUUGGAUCCUUGGCUGUUUAGACAUUCUGGAUCUUUGAGCUGUAGCUGUGUCAUUAAAGCCACAACUGCUCACAGCCAGAAGGUGAUGGUCAACAGCUCAAUGUCCAGAUGGAAACUGAUGACAAGUGGUGUCCCCACAGGAGAGGUUUCAAACCACUGCUCACAUCAGGGAGCUCUGGAGCUCCUUUGAGCUUGGUGGUGCUUCAGAGAUUCCUGACCACUGCUGAGUUGUGGUAAGGUUCUCCUGUGGGAUCCUUGGCUGUUUAGACAUCCUGGAUCUUUGAGCUGUAGCUGUGUUAUUAAAGCCACAACUGCUCACAGCCAGAGGUGAUGGUCAACAGCUCAAUGUCCAGAUGGAAACUGAUGACAAGUGCUGUCCCCACAGAAGAGGUUUCAAACCACUGCUCACAUCAGGGAGCUCUGGAGCUCCUUUGAGCUUGGUGGUGCUUCAGAGAUUCCUGACCACUGCCGAGUUGUGGUGAGGUUCUCCUGUGGGAUCCUUGGCUGUUCAGACAUUCUGGAUCUUUGAGCUGUAGCUGUGUUAUUAAAGCCACAACUGCUCACAGCCAGAGGUGAUGGUCAACAGCUCAAUGUCCAGAUGGAAACUGAUGACAAGUGGUGUCCCCACAGGAGAGGUUUCAAACCACUGCUCACAUCAGGGAGCUUGGUGGUGCUUCAGAGAUUCCUGACCACUGCUGAGUUGUGGUGAGGUUCUCCUGUUGGAUCCUUGGCUGUUUAGAUAUCCUGGAUCUUUGAGCUGUAGCUGUGUUAUUAAAGCCACAACUGCUCACAGCCAGAAGGUGAUGGUCAACAGCUCAAUGUCCAGAUGGAAACUGAUGACAAGUGGUGUCCCCACAGGAGAGGUUUCAAACCACUGCUCACAUCAGGGAGCUUGGUGGUGCUUCAGAGAUUCCUGACCACUGCUGAGUUGUGGUGAGGUUCUCCUGUUGGAUCCUUGGCUGUUUAGAUAUCCUGGAUCUUUGAGCUGUAGCUGUGUUAUUAAAGCCACAACUGCUCACAGCCAGAAGGUGAUGGUCAACAGCUCAAUGUCCAGAUGGAAACUGAUGACAAGUGCUGUCCCCACAGGAGAGGUUUCAAACCACUGCUCACAUCAGGGAGCUCUGGAGCUCCUUUGAGCUUGGUGGUGCUUCAGAGAUUCCUGACCACUGCCGAGUUGUGGUAAGGUUCUCCUGUGGGAUCCUUGGCUGUUUAGACAUCCUGGAUCUUUGAGCUGUAGCUGUGUCAUUAAAGCCACAACUGCUCACAGCCAGAAGGUGAUGGUCCACAGCUCAAUGUCCAGAUGGAAACUGAUGACAAGUGCUGUCCCCACAGAAGAGGUUUCAAACCACUGCUCACAUCAGGGAGCUUGGUGGUGCUUCAGAGAUUCCUGACCACUGCUGAGUUGUGGUGAGGUUCUCCUGUUGGAUCCUUGGCUGUUCAGACAUUCUGGAUCUUUGAGCUGUAGCUGUGUUAUUAAAGCCACAACUGCUCACAGCCAGAGGUGAUGGUCAACAGCUCAAUGUCCAGAUGGAAACUGAUGACAAGUGGUGUCCCCACAGGAGAGGUUUCAAACCACUGCUCACAUCAGGGAGCUUGGUGGUGCUUCAGAGAUUCCUGACCACUGCUGAGUUGUGGUGAGGUUCUCCUGUGGGAUCCUUGGCUGUUUAGACAUCCUGGAUCUUUGAGCUGUAGCUGUGUCAUUAAAGCCACAACUGCUCACAGCCAGAAGGUGAUGGUCAACAGCUCAAUGUCCAGAUGGAAAUUGAUGACAAGUGCUGUCCCCUCUGGGGUCUGUACUGUUCAGUAUCUUCAUCAGUAAGUUAAGGUAGAGGCACUCUCAGCUAGUUUGCAGAUGACACCAAGCUGAGUGGUGCAGUUGGCACAGCUGAGGGACAAGAUCCAUCCAGCAUGACCUGAAAAGCUGGAGAAGGGGGGGAUGUGUGAACCUCAUGGGGUUCAACAAGGCCGAGGUCAAGGUCUUGCCUCUGGGCUAGGGCAACCCCUGGUAUCAAUCCAGGCUAGGGAUGAAGAGCAGCCCUAUGGGUAAGAACUUAGGGUGCUGAGACAUGAGCCAGCACUGAGUGCUGCCAGCCCUGCCCCAGCCUGUCCUGGGCUAAUCCCCAGCAGCAUGGGCAGCAGGACAAGAGAAGGGAUUCUGCCCCUCUACUGAGACGCCUCUGCCUGCAGUGCUGGGGCCACCUCUGGAGUCCUCAGCACAGACAGGGACUUGUUAGAGCAGGGCCAGAGGAGGCCGCAGCAGUGCUGGGAGGGCUGGAAGCCCUCUGCUGUGAGGCCAGGCUGAGAGAAUUGGGCUUGUGCAGCCUGGAGAAGGCUCCAGGGAGACCUUCUGGUGACCUUUCAGGGCUUAAAGUGGAGAUCAGAAAGCUGGGAACAGACUUUUUCUCGGAGCCUGUUGUGCCCAGCCAAGGGGUGAUAGUUUGGAUUGAAAGAGGGAGAUUGAGAGUGGAGAGAAGGCAGAAAUGUUUGACACUGAGGGGUCUGAGAGGGAGAGCUUGUUCCAGGUUGCCCAGAGAGGUAGGAGCUGCUCCAUCCCUGGAACCAUUACAGGUCAGGUUGGUUGUGGCUCUGAGCAACUUGCUCUAGUUACAAAUGUCCCUGCUGAGUGCAGGGGGUUGGACUGGAUGGCCUUGAAAGGUUCUUCCCACCCAAAGCAGUCUGUGACUCUGGGAUGCUCUGAAGAUGGCAAAUAAAAGAUUUCAUCAAACACUACUUUUAUUAAACCAA